AUGGCAGGAAGCAAUAUUUUUCUCGCGGCACUUGCUGCACUGGCGGUGGCGGUGUUUACUGGCCAUAUCAAUGUAGGCAGCAUCUACCGGACCAUACGCAUCACAGGUGUCCUGAGGACGGAUGUAUGCACUAUCUCGACCGAUGGGCUGCAAGCCGUCCAAAUACCGGAUACGCCGCAUUGCGAAGAUCUCCAUCACCAUUUAGCUAGCGAUCUGCUCUUUGCGGCUUGCGAGGGCUCACUUGAAGCUAGACACUCCUGGUUCCCACCUCUCACGAUAUUUGAUGACGCAAGCAAAGCAGCGCAGGCUCCAGGAACCAUUACAGUCAUUGAUCCCAAGAACCGAAAGGCAAAGCCUCUCCGACUGGAAGGCUUCUCUGGCCCAUUCGUCACGCACGGCAUCGACAUCAUUGAUGACCCCAAGACGGAGCCCGGCAAGGCGAUCUUUAUCUUUGCAGUCAACCAUCGGCCCAACGAGGCCCAAGAUCAGCUGGCACCGAAAGCUGACUCGGUGAUUGAGCUGUUCCACCAUACCAUCGGCGCGGAUACCGCCCGGCAUAUUCGCACUAUCAAGCACGACUUGAUACAAAUGCCGAAUGACAUCCUGGCAUUGACUCCCACGUCUUUCCUCGUCACAAACGACCACUUCUACCGCGAGGGUCUGAUGCGGGUCAUAGAAGAUGUCUACUCUGGCGCCACAUGGUCUAACACCAUCUACGUGGAAUUCGAGAUCGACAAGACCGAGAAGGACGAGACAGCUCAAGUCGGGGCAAAUGUGGCCCUCACAGGGUUGCACAACAAUAAUGGUCUUGGACGGGGCAGGACACCGGAGGAGGUUGUACUCGUCAGCGCUGCGAGCGGCGAAGUCUACUUUGCCAAGCUCAAGAGAACUGCUGGCCAAGCCACACUCGAAAUUACCGAUCAGUUCCAGGCCGAUUCAACCUUGGACAACCCUUCCUAUUUUGUAGACCCAUACGCGAACCGCACCUUUGACGCCAGCGGGUUCGUUCUCGCCGGCCUUUCCAAAGGCGUCAACCUCGCGCAUAAUAGCAAGCUUGUCGAUGCUAGAGACGGAGUAAUGGUUUGGCACCUGCAGGAUCGCUCUCAAGAUAAGACGGAAGGGAGCAAAGGUACGUGGGAGGCACGGCUACUGCUACAUGACAAUGCGGAUUAUAUUAGGACCGCGAGUGCUGCAGUUCUCGUUCCUACUGACCCUGCCCGAAGCAAUGGUCAGCGGCAGGCCUGGCUCUUCGUCACUGGCUUCAUGUCGAAGAACAUGCUAGCGGUGAAAAUCGGACUGUAG